UCACGUGAGCCAUCAAAAUGGCGGUGUUCGGGCAUGAGGCUGGGGCCAAGCUGAGGGAUUCAGGUGUGGUGUGGGUGGGAACUGAGGAAGCGCCCAAGGUAGGCGGAAAUCCGAAGUGGUAUGGGGGGUGAUUGCUGCAGCUUCAAAGUGUUGGCAGAGUCUUCCAAGAUGAUACACUUAAAGGAGAUUUGAAAAGUUAAAACAGCCCCCAAGUCCAUGCAAGGAGUAGUCGAUUAAGUCUCCAGCUGUUGUGGAAAGAGGCGGAGAGAACGUAGAUUACCUAAGUUCUAGUACUCAUUAUCUGCGGUUUGUUUUCUCUUGUCUCCAGGCCUUUGCACAGGCUUUUUCUUCAACUUGGAAUAUUUCCCUGCUUCUAUCCGUCCCAACUCCCCUGCCAAAUUGUUCUCUUUCGGAUAUUGGUUUAAAUGUCACUUCCUCCGGGAAGCCUUCCCACGCCUCCUCUGGCUAGAUUAAGUUUGCCGUUUCUUAGGUUGUUGGGUUUUUCGUUUAUGUCACUCUCUCAUUCUACGUUUAAAUUGCCAGCUUUUUUGUUCUGAACUCCCACUACAUUGUGGAUUCCUGAGGAUGGGAUGACUGUAUCUUGAUUACUCGGAGGCCUGGCAUAUACCAGGUGGUCCCUAAAUUAUGAGAGAAUACUGAAUAAAAUUCUAAAGUUGAAAUUUAUUAUUAGGUGAAAAAUGUAUUAUUAGGUGAAAUAAUACACAUGAAAGCACUACAAAACCGUUAAAUGAUUUGCAAACUAUAAGCCACUCUUACUGGUAUAAGCGUGGUGACUAGUUGAGUGGCCUUAAGAGGGGAGGGGUGUAAUGAAAGCAGUCGAUUCUUUGACAGUGCCUUGCAAAGCUUAAGCACUCAAUAAUAUUUCCUGUGUUCUUUUCAGUAUUUCAGUAUUUGCUAUCCUGUAAUCAUAAUCCUGGGUGUCUGCUUUCCCUAUAGAGAGUUUAGGGUGUAGACUAGGUAGGAGAUUAGUAGAAGAUAUUGCCUGGAAGUUUAUUUUGUUUUUUGUUUUUGGUGGAAGGUGGAGGACUUCAGUGAAUUGGAUGAGAGCAAAACAAAAAUUUAUGUAAGGUUUAUGGUUACUCAUGUUAUUGACAUCUGCCAUCUUAGUACAAUAGAUGGGUUAGGUAUAGAAUCUCCCUUAGAUGUUACUAUCCCUUAUACUUUCCAUUUGGGUGUCCAGGAGAGGAAAAAGAUGUAAGUCUAGUCACUGAAAAAUUGUAAUUUGUAAAAUAUUUUACUUUUUUUUCCCCCUGCCCUCUCCAGAAAUGUUACAGAAAAAGAUUGAGUACAAUUCUGCGAUGAUGCAGAGAAAGAAAUUGGUCCAUUAUUACUCAUUGUGUAAUGCCAUAAGAAGGUUCAAAGGAGCUCAUAACUUACGAAAUGAAACACGAUUUCCAAAAUGAACUCAGUCUUUCAUGAGAAACUGAGGAUAGAGAUGUCAAUAAGCAGCCAUUGUUUCCACCUCCCCACCUGAAGAGCUAGGAGGACAACUACAAAGGGCCUGACUGCCUUCUCAGAAUGAGGAGAGAGGAAAACAGAAACAGUAUCAGAUGUCAAGAUGACAGCAUCUAUGCAUGGUCAACCCAGUCGUUCUCUAGAAGAUGCAAAACUCAGAAGACCAAUGAUCAUAGAAAUCAUAGAAAAAAAUUUUGACUAUCUUAGAAAAGAAAUGACACCAAAUAUAUAUCAAACGACGUCAUUUGGAACAACAGCUGGUUUCUCUGGAAUAUUCUCAAACUUCCUGUUCAGACGCUGCUUCAAGGUUAAACACGAUGCUUUGAAAACAUAUGCAUCAUUGGCUACACUUCCAUUUUUGUCUACUGUAGUUACUUACAAGCUUCUUGUAAUUGAUCCUUUGUAUUCAGAAAAUAUAAGCAAGGAAAACUGUGUUUUCAGAAGCUCACUGAUUGGCAUAGUUUGUGGUGUUUUCUAUCCCAGUUCUUUGGCUUUUACUAAAAAUGGACGUCUGGCAACUAAGUAUCAUACCGUUCCACUGCCACCAAAAGGAAGGGUUUUACUCCAUUGGAUGAGGCUUUGUCACACACAAAUGAAAUUAAUGGUGAUUCCUCUAAUCUUUCAGACUAUGUUUGGAAUAUUAAAUGGUCUACACCAUUAUGCAGUAUUUGAACGGACACUUGAGAAAACUAUACAUGAAGAGUAACCAAAAAAAAUGAAUGGUUGCUAACUUAGCAGAAUGAAGUUUUUAUAAAGAGGACUCAGGCAUUGCUGAAAGAGUUAAAAGUAACUGUGAACAGAUAAUUUGUUUCUGUGCCUUUUGCCUGGUAUAGCAAAUACUCAAAAAAUAUUCAAUAAUUCAAUCAAUAAAUAUAAGUUUCAUCUUACAUGUAAGAUACAAGUUUUAUCUCCUGAUGGUGUGUCCAUUUUGCCUGGUAUGUAACAGAUAAUAAAUAUUCAGUAUCAAUAAAUACAAUAAUAGAAGUUU